AUGGUUCGGGAAUUAAGUAACAAAAACCCUGUUGUUUAUGAAAGAAAAGAACGCCGCAUACGUCGCUCGGUAGUGCCUGCUGAUGUUGAUGAAUAUGCCAUUGACCCUAUCGAUCAACAAGAAAUUUUUGAUCAUAUCAGAGAUAUAAAAGAUCCAGAAUAUCCUUAUACCUUGGAACAACUGCGAGUUGUCACGGAGGAUUCUGUUGAAAUAGAUGAUAAGCAUAGCCAUGUCAGGGUCACGUAUACUCCUACAAUAGGACAAUGCUCUUUGGCUCCAGCUAUUGGACUUUGCUUACAAGUAAAACUUAUGCGCAGUCUACCUUCUCGUUACAAGGUGGAUAUUAAGUUGGCGCCAGGAACUCAUGACGACGAAGCUGCAAUAAACAAACAACUGAAUGAUAAAGAACGGACAACAGCAGCAUUAGAAAACCCUGUCAUGGGGCAGUUGGUUGGGCAGUGUCUGGCUCCUACUUAUGAAUGAACUGGAAAGAAGGCAGCAGCAUUAAAAAACC